AUGGCGAGAAGUCAGGUCGUCGUCAUUAGAGGGGUCGCUUGGAUGCACUUCGAACAAUCGGCCAUACUGACUGUGCACAAUCACGUAAUAACUCGGAACCCUCGGGUGAGCGUGACGCACGACAAGCACAGGACGUGGUUCCUACAUAUCUCAGACGUGCGAGAAGAAGAUCGCGGUCGCUACAUGUGCCAAAUUAAUACCGUAACGGCCAAAACACAAUUCGGAUAUUUGCACGUCGUGGUGCCCCCGUCCAUCGACGACUCGCUGAGCUCGAGCGACGUUAUCGUCCGGGAGGGGGCCAACGUCACGCUGACCUGUCGCGCUAAUGGCUCGCCUAAGCCCACCAUCAAGUGGAAACGGGAUGACAACUCAAAAAUCUCCAUUAGCAAAGGCUACACCGAAUGGGAGGGCGAGGUGCUGGAAAUGGCGAGGAUAUCUCGUUUAGACAUGGGCGCGUAUUUAUGCAUCGCCAGUAAUGGAGUUCCACCUACAGUUUCCAAGCGGGUCAAAGUUAGCGUGGAUUUUCCCCCCAUGUUGUGGAUACCUCAUCAACUGGUCGGCGCACCGCUUUAUUACAACGUCACGCUGGAAUGCUUCACUGAGGCCCAUCCGACUUCAUUAAAUUAUUGGACUCGAGACGACGGGCACAUGAUCCACGAGAGCCCGAAAUACCACAUGGAGAAUAUUGUCGGAAUGCCCGCCUACAAAACGCACAUGAAGUUGCUCAUUAGACACAUUGUGUCCGACGAUUAUGGUACCUACAAAUGCGUAGCGAAGAAUCCGAGGGGGGAGUCGGAUGGCACGAUACGGUUGUACACUUCUUCACCGCCGACGACCACUCCAGACCCAAGGGCUUUAACGUUGCCGCCGCCUUCGCGACCACCCCGUCGGGACACUCCUAGCACUGAUAAAGGAACCAAGUAUCAAUCAAACCUGAACGAGAUCGAUAAAGGGAAGCAGAAGCCAGACGAGGGUGGCGGAAAGACGCAUCUGAACUGGGUGGGUGGUGCAUCACAAGUUACAGAUAAAGCCACGCUGAGCAGACAUAGUUCGUGGAUUCUUAUGUUCAUUUGUUUCUCAGCAUUCGUGUAA